AUGGCCCCUGCCAGGACUGGCGCGAGCUCGGCUCUGGCUGGAUCUAUCCUCUUGGUUGUCCACGACUUCAUUGCGCGCAGCCCGGAUGAGCUGAGUCUUGCCAAAGGCGAUCGCAUCGAGCUGAUUGAGAGGUUUCUUGGAAAGCACCUAAACAACGGCCUGACAGGCCUUUUCCCCGAAGUAUACACCACACCCGCGCCCAGAGGCACACUCGCUAGCAGUACGAACGCGACCAGGAUUCAAUCCGAUGGUGGUCCGCGAAGAGCGGCGCAAGUCACUGUCGUCGGGUCUACACCAUCAUGGGGCCCAUCUUCGACGAACACGUACUCUAUGCCACCCACUGCCAACACCACCAGUGCCUCCUCCACCCCGUCACAAACAGCACUGCGUUCAUCGCUACCUUCGCCCGCCGUUGCAGGCAACCGGAACUUCACCAUUGCGACCGACUCGCCGGUUAUGAGCGAGACACUUUCAGUCAUCGAUGAGCACAUCACAGAUAUGCAUGCGCCGCGCAACAGUCACUACUCGAAUAAGCAAGCACUGCGCCAAUCAUUUAUUGCAGGCCACGAGACGGACGAGGAGGAGCAUCAAACAUAUACCGAAGAGGAGGUGAUGGGCUGGACGCCGAAGCGAGUGGCCGAAUAUCUGGAGGACCAUGGAGUGGAAAAGCCGCACUGCGAUGUGUUUCAAGAACAGGAGAUCAGUGGGGAGGUACUGCUGGCCAUGGAUCAAAACAGCUUGUUCAUCAAAGAAUUCGAGCUUGGCUCCGUUGGACGUCGACUCAAAACCUGGCACAAGGUCAAAGCACUGCAGGACGAGGUCAGACAGAGCCACAACUUGAUCGCAACGAGGAGUGUGUCCGAGUAUUCCGCCGGCUUCGAUCCGGACGAGUUGCCCACUGCUGGCGGUGCCGAUAUGGGUCGAAAACGGACAUCGACGUUGGGCACGACCAGCAGUCCACGAGCAUGGGUGCCCCCAGGGCAUAGCAGAGAAUCGAGCAGAAGCGGAGCAUUUGUGCAAGCAUCGACGUCGUAUUCUGGAGCGCCGAUUGCAAAGGCACAAGAGGACACCAUCUCCCCUCUGCAAAGCAUGACCUCCAUGGCGCGCGCAGAGAACACGUAUCGGCCAUCUGCACAGGGUGUCCGUAAUUUACAACAUUCGCGCCGUCAUUCAAGCAUCGACUCCACCACCUCUGAUGGCGCGACCCGGACAUCUCACCGGAAACAGCCCUCUUUGGAAAAGGCAUGGCUACCUGGACAGCCAGGAUACAAGAAUGGUCGACAUCUUCACUCCAUCAGUACCGAGUUCGAGGCGCCGAAGGAGUUGAGCAGUUCUCUUGCUCCAGGAUCACCCGAAAACGUAGAUCGUGGCUAUUUCUCAUCGAACGAAACGGAUUCGCGACACCGUAGGAACGUGUUGACGAAACGGCAUUCUGCGUCCAUCACCCCUGUCCUGUCGAACGAUGGCAGCGACGGGCCAUUCAAGCACAUUAGGAAGCUCAGCGGGACCUCGUCCCAUUUCAGCAGGGCAAGUGGGGCCUCAGAACCGACUACUCCAGGCGGGACCCCCUUGAGUGCCAAAGAAGGCUUCAAAAGGGUCAUGGAGAUGAGCUUUGGUGGUUACCGUGGCUCGCCAUCAAUUGCUCUAAACGAAUCCAACCUGGACAAGCCCAGGACCAACGCCCAACCGAUGAUCAGUCCAAUAGUCACCAAACUCGAACCUGGUCCACGAUUUUCUCCGAACGCCAUGACAACCAGUCCCGGCAGGAUAUUGGAAACUGGAAGCGAUGCAUCGAGCGACAAAGCCGGCCCCAGUCCAUCCGGACUCAACAUGAGCAUGUUCUCCGCGGCUAGAGCUAAGAUCCCUGGAUUCAGAUCGAUCAGUGAUGCGGUGACGAAGGAGGAGAAGAGUAGCAAACCCGUCACUUCACCCACUCGCACUGGCUCCUCAUCACCUAGUACUGAAUACCAGAGCGUGGAUUACAGCAAGUCAGACCACACAUCUCGUACCUCUGCUGGGUCCGCCAACAAUCUCAUGCCACCGCCGCCAAGCACAAAGAGGCCCCGUGCUAGAACGAAGAAACUGACGUCUGCAUACACCCGAGGCCUAGAAAAGAAGCCCCCUGCAGAGCAAAUGACCACGUGCGAUUAUUCUGGCUGGAUGAAGAAGAAGAGCGGAUCGCUCAUGUCUACGUGGAAGCCGCGCCUUUUCAUCCUCCGCGGUCGCCGGCUGUCAUACUACUACUCCGACGAUGAUACCGAGGAGAAGGGCUUGAUCGACAUUUCCUUUCACAGAGUCCUUCCUGCACACAACGAAGCUCUGACUGGACUCCACGCCACUGUCACGGGCGCGGCUGGAAAUACUGGUAGUCCAUUAUCUGGCAGCACGCCGACCAUUGCAGAGCAAGAUCUCCGGAACCAUCCUGCCAAGCAAGGUGAGGAGGGUAACGAAGGUCUCUUCAUUUUCAAACUUGUGCCUCCCAAGGCUGGACUCGCGAAGGGUGUCAAUUUCACCAAGCCAACGGUGCACUACUUCGCAGUCAACUCCCGCCAGGAAGGCCGACUCUGGAUGGCAGCUCUGAUGAAGGCCACGAUCGAUCGAGAUGACACCAAUGUCGUUACCACGACCUACAAUCAGAAGACAAUUAGUCUUGCCAAGGCGCGCGCUAGGCGCGAGCGUCCUCCGGCAUUGAAGGAGCUUGAUGGCGACGCUGAGGACGACAGCAUCAACGACGCUGGACUAGGAAUCGAUGGACUGAGAAAUCCUGCAGCAGUUGCAGGUGCUGAGAAUGAUGACUUGGCGACUCCGGUUGACAGUCUCUCGAUCCCGCCAUUGUCCAGCAUUGCUACUUCGAUGAACGACUCCGACACUGAUGGUUUGACCCAGGCCGAGCGGGAGUCUUUUGCGGCGUUGACGACGCCUUGA